AUGUGUCCAGAAGCUUUCCCAUACCAUGAUCAAGUAGAAAGUUUGUUGGAACAAUCCCUAGAUGAACCAAAAGAUCUGAGUGAAGAGUCGACAUUGGAGGAGGUGGAAAUAACAGAGAUUAAACUGUCUAAUGCAAAAAUAGAGAAUUUAGUCGCAUUCCUUAUUGAAGUAAAAGAACCACAAGAUAUCAAGAUGGAGGACCAGAAAAUAAUUCCAAGCAUGUCUAACACACUCUUUUUGGCUAUAGUAAGCAAACAAGGAGAGGGCUCUACCCCUAUAAUGGAACAUUAUAGGAGCAACCCUCGACCCCCAAAGAAAAAACAUUGGGAAUUCAAGAAGAAGGAAAAAAAGGGGUGGGACUGUUUAAGGUGGACUGCUACAGCAGUAUUGGAAGAAGUGCGGCAAACUGUUUUCCCCAGCUAUGGAGCAGCAUCAAACCAGCAAGCUCUUCAUACAUCAGAAUGGGCAGAGUUUAAUCAGAACCAUGAAUCCCUGUUCUUUAAUGAUGGCCAGAGAAGAAUUGAUUUUGUUUUAGUGUAUGAAGAUGAGAGCAAAAAGGAAAAUCGAAAGAGGAGCUUUAAUAAAAAACAAAAGCGGAAGAGAGAAGUAUAUGAGUCUAACUUGAUAACCCGUGGUUUGCAGCUGGAAGCAACAAGGUCGGUCCUCGAUGAGAAGAUAAUCUUUGUGAAAGUGCAUGCACCUUGGGAAGUGCUGUGCACAUACGCAGAGAUUAUGCACAUCCAUCUGCCUCUGCAGCCCAAUGACCUGAAAAUCCAUGACUCUCCAUUUAGCUGGAUGACUAGAUUCUUCAGUGUGGGUGAAAGUAUCAUCAAACCAGAGAAAGAGUUUUUCACGGCUCCAUUUGAAAACGAGCGUUUGUCAGACUUUUACAUUCAGGACAAAAGCACAUUCUUCAGUCCAGCAACAAGGAGUCGGAUAGUUUACUUUAUUCUUUGUCGUGGGGAAUAUGCAGUAAGAGACAAUGUGAAAAAGUUUGGCAUCAACAAGCUACUGGAUUCUGGGAUCUACAAAGCUGCUUUUCCACUCCAUGAUUCCAGAUUCAAUCACCAGUCACAAGAUCCCAGCUGCCCUAAUGAGCGGUACCUGCUGUAUAGAGAAUGGGCCCAUCCUCUAAAUAUUUUCAAACUGCAACCUUUACAUUUUAUCAGGAAAUACUAUGGUGAGAAAAUUGGAAUCUACUUUGCUUGGCUGGGUUUCUAUACUCAGAUGUUGCUCCUGGCAGCAGUGGUUGGACUUGGAUGCUUUUUGUAUGGGUAUUUUACAAAGGACAACUGCACUUGGAGCCAAGAGGUAUGUGACCCUAACAUAGGCGGCAACAUUAUCAUGUGCCCACAAUGCGAUCAAGAAUGUACAUACUGGAGCCUCAGCAUCACCUGUGAAUCAUCCAAGAAGCUGUGUAUAUUUGAUAGCUUUGGAACACUAGUGUUUGCAGUAUUUAUGGGAGUAUGGGUUACUUUAUUUCUAGAGUUUUGGAAACGACGGCAAGCUGAAUUGGAAUAUGAAUGGGACACGGUGGAGUUCUUAGAGCAAGAAGAGCAAGUACGCCCAGAGUACGAGGCAAGAUGCCAUCGCAUUAUAGUGAACGAGAUCACACAGAAAGAAGAGCAUGUCCCAUAUACAACCUGUGGAAAGUGUGUACGGAUGACCUUCUGUACAAGUGCUGUCCUUUUCUGGAUCUUGCUCAUUAUCGCCUCAGUGAUUGGCAUAAUUGUGUACCGGCUCUCUGUGUUUCUGGUGUUUUCGGCAACACUCCCAAAACACGUUAAUAGGACGGAAGCAAUCCAGAAGUAUCUAACUCCACAGGCAGCAACUUCAAUCUCUGCUUCAGUCAUCAGCUUCAUAAUCAUUAUGAUUCUGAACAUGAUCUAUGAGAAAGUAGCAAUCAUGAUUACUGACUUUGAACUACCAAGGACGCAGACUGAUUAUGAAAACAGCCUAACCAUGAAGAUGUUCUUAUUCCAGUUUGUCAACUAUUAUUCUUCAUGCUUCUAUAUUGCAUUUUUUAAGGGUAAAUUUGUAGGUUACCCUGGUGACCCAGUUUAUUGGCUUGGAAAAUACAGAAACGAAGAGUGUGAUCCGGGUGGAUGUCUUCUUGAACUUACAACACAACUGACAAUAGUAAUGGGAGGCAAAGCAAUCUGGAAUAACAUUCAAGAAGUGCUUCUUCCAUGGUUGAAGAAUCUGAUCGGAAGAUGUUGCACCGCUGCUCGGUCAGAAGUUAUUGUCCCGCGCUGGGAACAGGACUACCACCUGCAACCGAUUGGCAAACUUGGAUUGUUUUAUGAGUAUCUUGAAAUGGUUAUACAGUUUGGAUUUGUGACCUUAUUUGUGGCAUCAUUUCCCCUGGCACCCCUCCUGGCUCUUAUUAACAAUUUGCUGGAAAUACGUGUGGAUGCCUGGAAGAUUACAACACAGUUCAGGCGUAUGAUUCCCCAGAAAGCUCAGGACAUAGGAGCAUGGCAGCCUAUCAUGCAAGGAAUAGCUAUUCUUGCCGUGGUCACAAAUGCAAUGAUCAUUGCUUUUACAUCGGAUAUGAUUCCCCGCCUGGUUUAUUACUGGUCAUUUUCAGUCCCUCCCUAUGGGGAUCAGAGCAGUUAUACCAUGAAGGGGUACAUAAACAACACACUGUCCGUCUUUGCUAUAUCAGACUUCAGAAAUGAAAGCAAGCCAGCCUUUCCAUGGUUUAGGAAUCAAACAACGUGCAGAUACCGGGAUUUUCGAUACCCUCCUGGACAUAAACAUCAGUAUGAACACAACAUCUAUUACUGGCAUGUUAUUGCAGCCAAAUUAUCUUUCAUCAUUGUCAUGGAGCAUAUCAUCUACUUUGUGAAAUUCGUCAUUUCCUAUGCCAUUCCCGAUGUGUCCCAUAAAACCAAGAGCAAAAUCAAGAGACAAAAAUAUUUAACACAGAUACUCCUGCAUGAGAAUCCUCUGAAGGCUAUGAAGAAAAAUAUGGGGAGCAUCGCCGAUAAAAUAUUCAAAGGAGCAGAUGGCAGUUUCCGGCCUAAAUAUGAAUAAAAACUUUACACACUGAUGGUGUCUGACCCUGUGGAAUUGCUACUGAGAUGUGAGAGUUACAACCAGAAAAAGAAGAUCUGAAUCAACAAUUUGAUAGAAUAAUGACAUGGGAAGAAGCUAAUAUUUAGAAAUCACUUUUCCUACUUGUCAUGGGCUGUUAAACACAGAAGAGUUUAAUGCAAAACUGUGUGAUGUGCCUUUGAAUUCUAGGUCAUUUGAUCUGCUAUUCAGUUCCAACAACACUUCAGAAACCAAACUUAAAAAUUAUACCAAUUCAAUGAAUAGGUUUUGAGUACUUCGAUCAACUUAUACAGUUUCAUCAAUAGUCCUAUGUGCAUAGUAAAUCUGGUAAGAAAUGUUCAUGGGAUGGGAGGAUCAGGGUUGUGCCUGCUUGUAUCCCUUCUACCUUCAUGCCUUGACAGAUCCAUGCACUCAGGUCUUAAGUAUGUUGGAUGUACAUGAGCAUGCCUAGUAGAAAAAUUAUGAUCACUGCAUGGAACUGGGGUAGCGCCAGCAGGCAUGAGCCGGAGCGUCUUCAAGUGGAUGUUAAUGAAGAUUUUAUUCCUUAAAAGGACUGAUGAGCAGAUAUUCUCUUAUGACCGAAAGCUUUAUGAAACUUAAGAGCGUGCUGUCAUCAUCACCAUUGCAGAAGGGUACAUUGAGAAGCAUCACAAUCAGAGUGUUUUAAGGCUGGCUCACACACCGAAGUCCCUCUUGCUUUCUCCAUAUGACUUUGAGACAGCUAUAGCAGUUCUUGAAAAAAGGGGGGGGGGGAAUGUAGCUAUAAUCACUGAAAUAGUGGCAGAGAGUCUUUGUGUACCACUCUCUCUAUGCUCUCUAUGCUCAUGUUGGGUUUCUGUGUGAACACCAGGAUUUUCAGACCCUUCCUUUCAACUGUACUCUUGCCUGUUCUCCCCCCUAUAAAUAUGCUGUGAAAUGGGGGCUCGCUAUAGAGCUGGAGACUCUGGGGGUUUAACUGUGAAAUCCAGAGUCUGCGACUGUAGAGAUAUACAACUUUAACUUAUGUGAUUGGUAGGCUGUGUGAAACCUCUGGACUGGCCAAAACGGAUGUAAAUACUAGGAGCAUGACUCUGCCUUUGGUAGAGCAAUGCAGUGAAGUAAAUUAUUUGCUGUAUUUCAUAUGCUCCAUUUCUAGACAAGCAAUUGACUUCAUGGACCUUGGGCUCGAUAAUAUCAAUUACAUUUUUAUCCCACUCUUCCUCCACAAAGCUCAGGGUUGUGUACAUGCUUCUCCCCUUCCCAUUUUGUCUUCACUAAAAGCCUGACAAGUAGGUUAGGCUGAGUGAGUGCAAAUGGCCCAAGGUCACUCAGGGAACAUCAUGUCUGAGUUGGAUCUUGAAUUCAGUCAACAACCAGAACACCAGCUUGAGCUACUGUUCAAGUCUUAAUUUGAUAUGAUCAUUCAUUGCUCCAGCCUGACCUUGAUAUGUAGUAGCACCCAACAUAACAGGAGGGAUUGCAGUUGAAGAUAACAUCAACUCUGCUUUCAUGGGCUUGCAGAGGAACUGUAGGCCUACUUUGUAGCUUUUGAAUAUUGGCCUUUGUCUUUGCAUAAUGGGAUCCAGUAUACAAGAAACAGAGAGUGUAUGUAUAUAUGUCUAUGAGAGAACUCCCACAACAUUCUACAGAGUUUCCUAUAGACAAUGGUCUAUUCUUUUGAUUUGUGGUUCAUAGGAAACAAAUAAUUUGAAUGGGAUGUGCUGAUUGCUGUGCAAGUUCUUCACUACAGCAUAGUCUACCAUUAAUUCAAGGAACUCCUAGCUGUCAUUGUAGGAGGGCAACUGGCUUUCAGAGCAUCAGAAAUGUUAGGUAAUGCCUUCAUAUUAACUGACUGCAAAAUAUCUGAUAGAUUUCAUAAAUACCACAAAUAGAGAAACAGUCUGUUACAGACCACAUCUAGCGGUAAGGCUGCGAUCAUAUGGAGCGGAAGCUGCGACAGGCAAACGAUUCCCCCACAGAUUAAAGGGACGCGAUCAGACAGACACAUCUGUCUGGCGUCCUGGAGUCGUUGGCGGGGCGUCUGGUUGCGCCACAGGAGUGGUGCAAAAAAACACCAGGGAAAGGUACGUGUUAUGCGGAACUGCGGGGCAGGCAGGCGGAAGUCUGAUUGCGCAAACGCGUGUCAGUUCACCCUGGGGCAAACAGCCUCGCUUCCCGCCCACAGUUCCUCAGUGGUGUGAUCAGAGCCUAAGUUACUUUUCCAAAACAAUAGACAAAUUUAUUUGUGAUGACUAUGUACACUCUUCGGUGAAGACCACUGACACUACCAUCCUGAACAGUUGUACCCUUUAAGCCCAUUGACUUAAAUGGACUGAAAAGUCUGUAACUGUUAAAGAUUGCAGUGCUAGAAAUUUACCUUACUUAUGAGUAAGAGCCACUAGUAUUUACCCACAAUUUAUCGUGUACAAUAUCUGUGACAAUAUGGUUAACUUUACAUAUGUAUGUACUUAUAAGUGCCAAAACUGUUUUAUUCAUAUAAAAUUAUCUAUUUUAUGAACUUCAGAGUUGUGAAGCUAUAUAACCUACUGAUCCAGUGCCAUUUUGUUUUAACUGUUGGUAAGGGAAAAGAAUCUCAAUAAGUAAUACUUGUAUGUAGAUAAUGUUCUCUAUUGCUAAUUCAUUACAUCCCCUUCAGUGUUGCCAGACAUGGCCAGACAUAUAGAUGACUUCAGUAAGAUCUGGUUUUUGGAAUGCUGAGGAACAGAAAUCAGAUGUUCAAUCCAGGUACCAAACUAGAAAUAAAAUGGCUAUGUAUCCAUCUAUAGGUUUCUAUGCCUAGCCUUCCAUACCUCUCAAGAUUUGCCCAACAAUUUACUUCUGUCCCUAAAUGUUUGUGGGCUACAUCCAGAAAUAAUUAUUAC